ACGUUGUGAUUCUCAGUUCAUUGUUCUUAUUUAGAACACGUUCGAUUUUCCGUGAAACGUAACCGAAACGAUCUUUAUUUAAGAAUUCGAUUUCGCGACAGUACCUGAUGAAAUAAGAAUUUUAUCAAGUCAUAAUUAAGUUAAUGUUAUUGAAAUAAUGCAAAGUGCAAGAAUACCUUAAAAGGCUGUUCUGUACGUGAGAUUUUGCAAUAGCUACAGAUUAUGAAUUAUAUAAACAUGUGAAAGCCACAAUCUAAUUAAUGCAAUUAGAUUGGGAGUGGGCCUCUCCGAAAGAUUUGGAAUGUCUUGGGAUAUUUUAUGGAAUCAUAGGAAAAAUAGAACAACCAUCUGUAUUGGAAGCACGUUUAAUGUUGAUCAAAGACGUUUCACCAGCUGGAGAAUUAUAUGGAGGUCAUGUUAUAUACAAGAUCAAAUCAAUCGCAUUUUUGCACUUUGGCAGUGAAAAUAAUGAUAUUGGACUUUUGCCAUGUAAGAAGCAUCAGAAUUUGCCAAAGAAAAAAAGCCAAGGUGGUCUGUUUGAUGUGCCACAGAAGGCAGCCUUUGCUAAAACUUGGGGAACCAUUAAAAGUGCUACAAACACCAUAAAAAAUACCACUCAACAAGCAGCUGCACUUGCAACAUCUCAAGUGAAGUCCACAGUGAGUAAAAGAAAUAUUGUUAAAGAUAAGGAGAGAUUUGAGAAAAGAAUAUUGGAAGAAUUAAAUAAAAUUUUCACUGAAACCGACUCCUUUUAUUUCUGUCAAACUGGUGAUAUCACUAAUAGCCUGCAGAGGCUUUGUGUCACUGAGUCCCAACAGAAUGACAAAGAACAGAAUAAACCGCUUUGGGAAAAGGUGGAUGAUAGGUUUUUUUGGAACAAACACAUGUUGCAGGAUAUAAUUAAUUUAAAAACAGAUAAAGCAAAUCUAUGGAUAUUACCAGUUAUUCAAGGAUACGUGCAAAUAGAGAAGUGCAAAGUAGAAGUGGGCAUUGAUGAACAACCACAUCAUGAAACUUUCAAUCUAGCAAUAAUAUCAAGAAGAAGUAGAUUUCGCGCGGGAACGAGAUAUAAGCGACGUGGUGUGGAUGACGAAGGAAAAUGCGCAAACUAUGUAGAAACAGAGCAAUUGGUUUGGUAUCAUGAUCAUCAGGUAUCUUUCGUUCAAGUACGAGGCAGUGUACCAGUAUACUGGUCUCAACCUGGCUAUAAAUAUAAACCUCCACCACGUAUAGACAGAGAUGAAGCAGAAACACAAGUUGCAUUCGAAAAACAUUUUACUGAAGAACUGGAUUUAUACGGUCCAAUUUGUAUCGUGAAUCUCGUAGAGCAAACUGGCAAGGAGAAAAUAAUUUGGGAGGCCUAUAGUAACCAUGUACUGAAUUAUAAUCAUCCAGAUAUAACAUAUACAACUUUCGAUUUCCAUGAAUACUGUCGAGGAAUGCAUUUUGAAAAUGUCUCUAUCCUGGUCAAUGCAUUAGCUACAGUAUUGACAGAUAUAGGGUACUGUUGGCACGAUAAGCAAGGCACAAUCUGCAUGCAGAAAGGAGUGUUUCGGGUGAAUUGCAUAGACUGUUUAGAUAGAACGAACGUGGUGCAAACCGCUUUGGGUAAAGCUGUGAUGGAAAUGCAGUUUUCAAAGCUAGGACUAAUACCGCCGGACGGAACAUUACCGACAAAUAUCCGACAAACGUUUCAAUUGCUUUGGGCAAAUAACGGCGACAUUAUCAGUAAACAAUAUGCUGGUACAAAUGCUCUCAAGGGUGAUUACACAAGAACAGGGGAAAGAAAAUUUACCGGUUUAAUGAAAGAUGGCAUGAAUUCUGCGAACAGAUAUUUUCAGCAACACUUUAUGGAUGACAUACGUCAAGCGGCGAUAGAUACCUUGCUAGGGAACCCUGUCGAUGUUAAUCAACUGAAUACCGAUUGGUCGCACUAUUUAGACAUCCUUGAUAAUUGCUGCCUUGAGCUAAUACCCGUGAAACCACCAAACAUAGAGCUUCAACUUGCCACCUAUCCUGAUAUUCUUUAUGCCAGUGCUAUGUAUGAUUUGGCAAGAUACUAUUUAAAUCGCUUCAAGGAUGUCUAUAGACAGGGUACGAUCGAUUUGAUGUUAGGGAACUGCGUGAACGAAGAAGUAUUUCAAGAACGCACAGAGGAAGAAGAUAAUGCUGCUACAGCGAUUCACGUGAAGUUAUUGAUAGAGGAUUGUAAGAAAUUGCUUAUACCUGACCCAGAAGUUAUUUUAGGCAGUUGGGGACUCAUAGAUGCUGAUCCUGUGACUGGUGACUUAACAGAGACAGAAAUGGACACUAUUCUAAUAUUAACACGAGAUAGCUAUUACGUGGCUGAUUAUGACGAUCAAAUCGAUAAAGUCACAAAUUAUCAAAGAGUUUCGCUUGAAGACAUUGUACUGAUUGAAUUUGGUCAGCCAGAGAGUUCGGUCUCCCUUUUUAAAAAUAAGCAUUUUUAUUGCAUUAGAAUAAACUACAAGGUAGUCAACGAAUGUGGUUACUUUCACAUGUUUCGCAGUACAAAUUUACGAUUUUUUAAUAACAUGGCUGUUGUUAUAAAGACCGAAGAAGAAAGCAUAGAGUCUUUAAAAUCAAUUUGCGAGGCUAUCUCUGUGGCGAUGGAGAUAGCCAGAUUACCAAAGAUUCCUAUAGCGAUGAACGUUACGUUAGAUAGACGAAAGAGUAAAAUAGUGAACAGCAAGGGAACCACGGGUCUGUUGGACAUUUCAUCACUUCCAGAAUUAACCAGAAAUGUUUCAGAGACGCAAUUGCUAGCUCUAAAAAGCGCAGGAACAAAAGCUUUAAACAACAUGUCUGAGCAAUUUAGUAAACUGAAUAAAUUAAGUCAUAGCUUUAGUACUAGGAAGCCAAUUGACAUUGCAAGAAGCAUCGGCAGAAAAUCUGAGGAACCUUCGAAGCCUACUUUCACAGUUGGAAGUAGAGAUAUAUCAGGCAAUGUGCAAGGAAAAUGUGGUAGCGGCAGUAGCAGUAGCGACGAUGAGGAUGUUGACAUCCCUCGUGUUUCUUUAGAAAAACCAAAGAAUUUCAGUCAUGAUAAGAAUCUAAUGGAAGCUUAUACCCCAUCUAUUGGCAUUAUAAUGGGUGUUAAGAAUACAGACGUAAUAGAAUCGCAUGAGAACAACGAAGAACAAAAUUUAUCCAUACAACCUAACAAAUUGUUUGAACAGAAUUCCGAUAGGGAAGCGUUACACGUGCCACAGUCCGGCUCUGGAACCAGUACUGUUAGCGCGUCUCCUCAAAAGACACCUGAAAUAACUAUACAAAACGUGACUGAGGAUAAGGAAAGGUUGUUACCGCCAUCGACGUUGAAUCUAUUCAAAAACAUUAGUCAUUCGACUGGAGAGGUUGAUAGCAAGAUAGCACUUAGUAAUAUAAAUGGAAACAAAUUGCAAACUGAAAAUAGAUUGCAAGAUAAGAAGAGAUCCACGUCUGAGCAAGAUUUAAGUCUGAAUAUUACAUCGUCUCAGAGCGAGUCUGCUCUGAAGUCGAUAAAGACCAACAUACCAAACGUAACAAGUCCUGUGGCAUCUACUGCCAAAGAUAUUUUGUCGCCUUUCUCGAAAUUUGCUAAAGGUGUCCAAACUUUAGGAGCAAAUUUGGAUCCUAGGAAACUGAAGACAGGACAAGUAGGACUGUCGAGAAAUCUCUCAGACCACCAUGUAGAGCAGCAACGAAAAUUGCAAGAGAGAUGGAGUUCGUGUCAAUCUAAGCUGAUAGCUUUGUAAUUUUUUUGAAGAUAGUCGGAAAUCUAAAUGUCUAGUAGCGGAUAAAGAAUUAAAAACCACGCGAUAUAGGAACACUUUUGCAUAGGAAGUUUCUGAAUAUCUGUUUUUGUUACUCUUUAGUAUUUUCUAAAUCAGAGUAUCACCACGUCAAACAUCUUGACGCACGUGUUUGAAUAUUUUUCAUUGUUUUUCGAGUUUCAAUUACUGCCAUCUUGCUAACAAAAAUUUCGUGCGAAAGAUUGAUCGAUAAGAUACUCUCUGUGUAUUCUUUCACGUGAAAAAAUUUACAAAUUAUUUCCCAAAGUACAAUGUGGUCAAUUUUUAAUCAGCAGCAAAUCCACUUGUGUGUGUCUACUUACAAAGAAAUUUUCUAUUAUUCUACAUUAAUGGAAGCCUACAUGAACUGAUUAUUAUCUAUUCGCUAUGCUUUCGGCAUAUUUAUACGAAAUUUUGAUCGCGACAGCCUUUUUAUGGAUUUUACCAAAGAAAUCCUAGCGUUGCAUUUAGACAUUAGAAAUUGUGGAUUUAUCAAAAAACAAAAAAAAAAAAAAAGAUAAAAAAAGAGAAGAAAGAAAUAUGUAUAUGCUUAUACAAUGAAAUUUAAUCCCAGUAUUCUUUGAAGCUCCAACGUUUGCUGUAUAAACAAAUUUUUCUAUUUUUUAUGGUUUUAUUUAUUUGUAACAUAUAAAUAUAUUACAAACUUUUCAUUUGUAUACCUGCAACCUUUGUAUAUCUGCAAAUAUUGUAGACCAAAAAUUUGUUGAUGCAGCAAGCUGAAUAAUGAAGCUUUGUAGUCAAUUAUGUAUAUAUAAAGAAUUACCUAAAGUUAGUAGUUUAAUGAAACAAUGUUACUAUUGCUGAUUGAAAUAAAGCAGCACAUUAAUACAUAAUAGCAAGAUGGGUUUUGCGAAGAGAACGUGAGUUUUUUUUUUGAAAAUAUGUAUAAUGUGCAAACUAGUAAUUAUUGUAAAGUCUAGACAUUUGACGGUAAUAUACUAGCAAGUAAAUUCUUAGAAUUACAAACAAAAUCAAGAAACAGAAGUAUUGAUUAAAUUCAAGAAUUAUUUUUAGAUAUACAAAAAAGAGAAAAAGGUGCUUUGUUUAUGACCUAUUCUGUUUCUUAUAUAAUUUCGCAACGAUUGAAACAUACAAAUGGUUCCAGAACAAUCACAGUAUUCGUACACAUGCACAGUUGCAGUAUUAUACAUAUUACAUUUAACAAAAAAAAUAAGAAAAACGGUAUGUGUUGUUAUCUAAUAUUCUAUGUAUGACGAUUUAUAUAUAGACCAAACGAUACGAGUUACAAAUUUAGAAUUCCUUGUGUGUACAUACGAGUAAUUUAAUUAAAUUAUAAUAUUCUGUAAACUAUUCAUAGUUGCACUGACACGUUAGUAGAAGUAUUGCAACAUAAGAGUUUUUCUAGUAAAUGUUUUUCCCAACUGCAAAUGGAUAGUCUGUGAUAUAUAAUCUAGCAGAAUGAACACAGCCUAAAGAAGAUAAAAAGAUGGAUAAAAAAUAAAAAAAGAAGUGAAAAUAAGGAUGUGUCGAUUCUCUAGAUUCUUUAGAGAUGCUUUAAAAUGAAUACAAAAGACAGAACUGUUUUUCAUUCGCUCUAGCAAGAUUUGAGACACAAAUUUUAUGCUCAUUUAUUCAUUCUAGGUAUAUACACCUAGACUAGCUUAUUUUUAAUAUAAUUUUAACAAUCCACAAGAUAUUUAUUUAUCGAUGCAGUAUUAAACAAGAAAAAAACCAGAGAAAACGAGAUUCAAAUAUAUAUAUAUAUUUUUAUUUCCUUUUUCUUAUUGAUGUAUACCUAUGGUCCAAUUGAAAUUGAACAUUUUUUCAAAUAUUAUAACAUAAUAUAUUAUUAUCUGUAUUUUUAUGAUAGAACAUUACAAACAAUCAUGACAAGACAACGCACGAAGAUGUUUAUAGCCUGUAGAGGCUUAAAUUGCCUUAUGUAUGUCAUAUAUGUAUAUACAAAGUGUGUCAGAAUAACAAGUAAGCACGGAAUAAUUCCUCAUGAAAAAAUAAAUCUACAUUUUCGAACUCGAA